UAUGUGUGUUGUAACACCACUGAGGCUUCUACUGGGUUUCCAUGCAUUUUUCCAAGAUGAGCAAGAUCUGAUCUUCUACCAUAAAAAGGUGCAAAGAAAGAACUCUUUGAUUAAAAACAGAGUAAUUCAGCAGAAGACUCUGGACUUUUUGUUUUACAAGUCACAUCGCUUGAAGAAAGAAAUCGAAACUUUUUGCUGCUUGCUCCAAGAAUAGGGAGCCAGAGGAAGUUAGUGCAUAAUCUGUUGUAACACAUUCUAGCAUUACAGCUGCUUAGACUGCAUGCUUUUUAGUAAUACAUUGAAAUAGUUCUUGCAGGAGUAAAGUGACAGCUCCCUGGCUUCCAUGCCAAAAUGUGAUCUUUUUUUCUUUCUUUAAAAAAGGUCUAAAUCUUGUACUGAGUACAGGAGUUGCUGAAAAGAUGUGUCUUUCAGAGACGGUAAAUUAUGAAAUAUUUUUAAAGAAGCAAAUUAAAAUCUCUCUGCUUUUCUUUAUAUUGUCACUAAGUAAUGGACACUGGGAGGAGGUAUGUUGAAUAAAAUAAGAUAAAUUGAAUUUUAAAAACGUAGUCAGAGACUAGACAGUUUUCUCCAUUAACAAUUAUGUAGAUGCUCUUCACUGUGGUUCCUGUCCCUUUUUAUGUCUAACUGUGCUAGGCAUAUAUUAAAAAUAUUUAAUAGGAACCUUUUUGCCUGCAUCACUGAGCCUGUAAUACAAAUAAUGAAAUUAGUAGAAGAGUUAGGGCUGCUUCUUGUUUGCCUGAAACUUGGGCUAGGAGUUGUUUCACUUCCCCCCCUCCUUGCCCCAGGAGAGGAUCAUCUAAUUGUCCUAACCCUUUCUCCACCCACCAAAAACAGUCAUUUAUGCAAAGUGGGACAGUUUCCUAUGGGAUCUCCUGUGGGAAUUUGAAAACGGUCUCAUUGAAUAUUUUACUGUCUGCUUAGUGUUGCUGACAGUGUAACUAUCUGUUCUUUGUGAGCUAGAAAAAUAGAACUUCACUCUUAGGCAUUUUGCCUAAAUACGUUUGUUUAAAUACAAGGCUGGCUAAACAGCUCUAUAUAUAAUGCUCACUUUUUUUUUAAUAGGCUUCUCACAAGCUGUAUGCACGUUCGUAUGUUAGUCCAAAGAUUACACAAAAGAUAGUAGCAGUGGAGGAAGGCAAAUAAAGCAGCAUUGGAAUUUAAAAGAAGUUUGUUGAUUCAAACUCAUCCAUCAGCAGACAGAAUGCAUAAUAAAAAGUGCAUGGGUUUUGAUGUGUAAAGAGUGGCUGAUAAGUGGGUAACAACUCAAUUUCCUUUAAACCAAUUCUGGGCUGCCUUUUGGGCAGUGUCCUGUUGUUUGGCCAAGGUUUCUGUUUCACCCGUACCUCAUGAGUAAACACACCCUUCAAGGGCUGGUGGUCACUCAGCUAUUGGAAAUACUAACUCCAGUGUUCCCAGAAGGGUAUGUGUAUUUGGGGAAGAAAGAUGUGGACUGUGUCAUCUGCUGACUCAUGGUUUAAUCUUUAUUUUGCACUUCCAGCUGAUAAGACCACUUUGUUAAAAAGUAAUACAGGAAAUGAUGCACUGCAAAAACCAAGAGUGGCAGAAAGGGAAACGGAAUGUACUGGCAAGGGCUCAGCACUGCAGACGCGCUCUCUGCUUCUUGGAAACAAAAAACUCCACCUAUGCUGCCUUUUUUUUUUUUUUUUUUUUUCAGCUUAAUACUGGUAUUGGCACUUACUGUGAGUAGUAUACAGCAGCCUGUGGGUUUUCUCCCCCUUUACUUUAUCUUGCAGCUUGUUCAGGGCUUGGAGUAUGCUUCGACUUUGUUCGGGCAGGCAGGACUGCAGCAGCAGUCCCUGGGCUGGAGCCUGGUGGCCUGCUAGAUCCUGCUGAGCUGCAUUGCUUCCAAGCGUAUCUACAAGUACUGUACCUAAUGCUAUUCCUUCCGCUCCCAGCGUAUUUCUUGCCACAGUUGUUGCUAUAGAGAUGCCAGCUGUUAAGAUAAUACCUUUGAUUGUGAUGGUGGAGUAUGUUUUGGAGUGUAUGAUUGUGGGAGUGGGACGUGUGUGUGUUGCAGGAUUUCAUCCAAAAACUUCAGAAAAUCUGUUCCGAUGGUCUGGCUGCUUGGAGCUGCAUCUGAAUGUCAGCUUAGUCUUUGCAGAGCUUGUGUACUAGCUCAAGUUAGGUUGUAUUUUCAGGCACUGGUGUAAAGAUACAGUCUUAAUAGAUGGGACUUUUUUUUUUCUUUUUCACAGCAAGUAGUUUGGCCAAUAAUUUUUAAAGUAUCUUGGUGGAAAUGGGUCAGGCCUAUGUAGACCCAUGUCUGCAUUCAUUAUCAAUGUUGAAAGAAGUUUGGAUUGAGAUUUAGACUUUGUACUUUUUUUUUUUUUUUUUUUUUUUUUUAGAACUUCAACUUGAGUCUUUUAAAUAUUUUUAAUUUGAUUCAAAUGGAGGUGAAGUAGAAAGCUUGAUUACUUCCUGAUAUACCACUGGAACUUGUAACUUUUGUGUGUGGAACUUGUAUCUUUUGUUUGAACGAUACAGAAAAAAAAUACUUAGAAUAUCGAUUGAGAUACAGACUAUAUAUGAGUUGAGAAUACCUCUGUUACAAACACAUUUGAAGCACAUGUACUGGGGUUCUGGUAAUACGGUUCUUAAAAUAGCACAGCAUUUUAAUAGAGCACUUUACAGUGUGUCUAAGGAUAAAGUGUACCUGGGGUACAGUCAGUGACAGUAAUGGAGUUCCAGUUCAUUUAACAGUAUAGUACAUGCCUAGGUAACAAAAUAAAUUCUUAAAUUUGCCUCAGGCUCAUGCAAAUCUUCGACUGCAUUGACAUUAUUAUUUCAAAUACAAUUCUUAGCAUAAAAGGAAUGGGAAGUAUCAGUACGAAGUGCAGGUAGACACGGUCUGUGUCUUGUAGUUUAUGCAUUCAGCCUAAUAAAACUGAACCUUUGCAGUUAGAUAAUUGUUUUAGUGACAAAUUAAUUUGAAUCAAGUGGAUGGUUUUCAGCUUAAAGUACUUCAAGUAUAGUGGUACACGAUACAGUGCGUGAUAGUCAAGAGGUUAAGUGUGGCAUAGCAUUUACAGUUUUAAGAUCUGCAAUCUUUUCAUAGUAUAACUAUGAAAUUCUGUCUGAUGCGGGUGUGCUGACACCUAUUCUGUGUGUGUACAGGUUGCUGGUUGGUUGGUUUUUUUGUGUCUUUCUGAUGGCAACAAAAACAUUCAUAUCCUUUUCCCCUUCCCCCUUCCUCUGCAACCUGUUGGUAUCCAGUGCAGGAUAUGUUUCCUGUCUGUCUUCAUGCUCUGUUUGAAAAUCAGUGGUUUAGUGCUCUUUGUCUCAUUUUACCCACCCUGCCAGCACAGGGUCUCUCCUGCUUCCCCCAGCAGAGCCUUUUGCCUGCUCCCAGCCUGGGCAAGUAUAAAACUUGCUGCUCGCAGCUGGGGCUUCUUUAUAUGUGGAGUUCCUCCUCCUCUUCACCCAUUGCUUCAUCCCUGUACCAUGUCUUCCCAACUCGAGGACCAGUGUGCCAUCUAAAAUCCUCUUAUCGGGACUUCCUCCUCCUUCCCACUCCUUCAUGUGUCCUUGAGUACCUCAGGCAGGCAUUGCAACAGGAAGGGUCAGGAUGUAAUCGGUGAAGUUCUCAGCCAGAAGGUUUUAGAGCAAUAAGAAGGUCGCGUUCAUCAAGGGGGGAUGUCAGCGCUGCCUUCCUGGGACUGGAGGACUGAAAAGGAGAAAGGACCGGAAUUAUUUGAAACCGGCUGCUUUUGACUACUGACACAAUCUGCUGUACCCUGCUGGUGGUGGAAGAACAGGACAGUCUCUCCUGCUUGGUUCUGUGGUAUCACCACAGUGGGGUCACCAUGAAUGUGACAAGUUUAUUCUCCUUCACCAGCCCAGCAGUGAAGAGGCUGUUGGGAUGGAAGCAGGGGGACGAAGAAGAAAAAUGGGCAGAGAAAGCUGUUGAUGCAUUAGUGAAAAAACUGAAGAAGAAAAAAGGUGCUAUGGAGGAGCUGGAAAAAGCGUUAAGCUGUCCUGGUCAGCCCAGCAACUGCGUCACAAUUCCUCGUUCCUUGGAUGGCAGGCUUCAGGUUUCGCACCGGAAAGGGCUACCGCAUGUAAUUUACUGUAGAGUGUGGCGCUGGCCAGACCUGCAGAGCCAUCACGAACUGAAACCACUGGAAUGCUGUGAGUUUCCCUUUGGUUCAAAACAGAAGGAGGUUUGCAUCAAUCCCUACCACUACAAGCGGGUAGAGAGUCCUGUCCUUCCUCCGGUGCUGGUUCCAAGGCACAGCGAGUACAAUCCUCAGCACAGCCUCUUGGCCCAAUUCCGCAACCUGGGACAAAAUGAGCCCCACAUGCCGCACAACGCUACUUUCCCGGACUCUUUUCAGCAACCCAAUAGUCACCCGUUCCCCCACUCACCUAACAGCAGCUAUCCAAACUCGCCUGGAAGCAGCAGUAGCACCUACCCGCAUUCUCCAGCCAGCUCAGACCCGGGAAGUCCUUUCCAGAUGCCAGCUGAUACUCCCCCUCCUGCUUACCUGCCUCCGGAAGAUCAGAUGACACACGAUACCUCCCAGCCAAUGGAUACCAACAUGAUGGCACCUACAAUUCCUCCUGACAUACACAGAGGAGAUGUUCAGGCAGUUGCUUAUGAAGAGCCGAAGCAUUGGUGCUCCAUUGUCUACUACGAGCUGAAUAAUCGUGUCGGGGAGGCGUUCCACGCUUCUUCCACCAGCGUCCUCGUUGAUGGUUUCACUGAUCCUUCAAACAACAAGAACAGAUUUUGCCUGGGGCUGCUCUCGAACGUUAACCGCAACUCCACCAUUGAGAACACUAGGCGGCAUAUUGGCAAAGGCGUUCAUCUCUAUUAUGUUGGUGGGGAAGUGUAUGCUGAAUGUCUUAGUGACAGCAGUAUUUUUGUGCAAAGUCGGAACUGCAACUACCAUCAUGGGUUCCAUCCCACCACGGUCUGCAAAAUCCCCAGUGGCUGCAGUUUGAAGAUUUUCAAUAAUCAGGAAUUUGCUCAGCUUUUGGCUCAGUCAGUGAACCAUGGCUUUGAGACAGUGUAUGAGCUUACUAAGAUGUGCACUCUCCGUAUGAGUUUUGUAAAGGGUUGGGGAGCUGAAUAUCAUCGCCAAGACGUAACGAGCACUCCAUGCUGGAUAGAGAUACAUCUUCAUGGUCCCCUUCAGUGGCUGGAUAAAGUACUUACUCAAAUGGGCUCUCCUCAUAAUCCUAUUUCUUCAGUGUCUUAAAAGGUCCCAAGCUCCUGCAUUUUGGAAACAAUUGAGCCUUGCAUGUACUUGAAGGAUGUAUGAGUCAGACACACACUUCCCCCCCCCCCCCCCCGCACCCCGAACUGGCAACAGCUGAAUAAGAGCCAUGAGAAUACUUGACUUCUGUGACCAACUGUUGGAUUCGGAAAAAAAAACAAAACCAAACAAAACUUUGACAUACUGUUGGUAUCAAGAAUUUUAGUUUACAUUGUAAUGUACUAUUGCAAAGUUGAUUUGCAGGGCUUAGUGCAACGGGGACAACCGAGCCAAAACCACAAUCUGUCGAACUGAGUUCCCGAAGUAUCUUCCUGUAGCUGGCAUUCUGAGAUUCUCUUUCUUCCUUACGUUCAGCGCUUGCUUUUUUCCCCUGUGUCCUCCAGGGCUAAGAGCUGAUGGUGAAGUCUGCUUUUUGCAGGCUCUCUGCAGUACAUUUUAAAACCAUUUGUCUAAGUUGAUGAUUGCUGUUCUCUUUAAAAGAAAAAAAAAGUCAUAAAGGUUUAAUCUCAAUAACUGUGUAAUAAUCUUUGAAAUUGUGUCCUGACCAUACUGCUGUAAGAAUGUUAGGUAUGUUUUUUCCUAAAUGUAUGUACGGUGUAUUUGAAAGUUUAGAAAUUAAUUAGGUUUAGACCAUAAAGGAAUUAGGAGUAUUUGAAUGGGGGGAGGUGGGAGUGGGAAGGGAAAACGACAACUGAAAUGUAGAAUAUAUUGUAAACAUAGCUUGUUAGUUUAAACUGAGGUCUGAGUUUUGCUGUGCAUUUCAUUUUUAUAGUGGCUUUAUCUUGUUAAUUCUGACUAUUUUUGCCUCUUCGUUUUCCCCCAAAACAAUUGCGCAGCUAGUUAAUUCUUUUACCCAUGAAGAGGACAAAAUGAUUAAUUCUUGCAGUUUGAAGGCUGCAACUCUAUGUAUUUCAAGACAAAAUUGUACAGAGUGCUCUUUAACUAUUGAGCAGUUUUAUACAGUUUAUGUAACAGAAGUAGGCUUUUAAUUUUGUAAGAGAAUCUUGUUUUGCCAAACCUAGUAACUGUUAAUUGUUUGGAAGACUUCAAAAUCCAUGUGUGGGUCUAUUUCAAACUUUUAAAAAUAUAUAUAUAUUUUUAAUUUUUAUUUUUUUUUACUGCUUUGUUUAUUUUCUUCUCUUUGAUCUUUUAUAUUCACGUAAGCUGUAGUACUUUAAGUACCUUUAUUCCAAAACUAGUGGGUCCUCUUUACUGGAAGUUUUGAAUAAAACCUGUUGUUACUGCUUA